AUGACUGGCUGCAGCAGCAAGAGCAUGGUCCUGGUCUCCCUGCUGGGGCUCCUGGCACUGCUCCUGUGCGGCACCUCGGAAGCACAAAGUAACCAGGACUGCUGCCUGUCCUACACCAAAGUGCGUCUGCCUAAGUGGGCCCUGAAGGGUUACACGGAACAGCUCCCCAGCGAGGUCUGCGACAUCCCUGCCAUCAUUUUCCACACUGCCAGUGGGCUGAAUGCCUGUGUAAAUCCUAAGGAAGGCUGGGUGAAGAAACAUCUCCUUUUCCUGAGCCACAGGCUCAGGAGGAUGUCAGCCUGA